GGCCAGCCAAUAAAAUCAUUUUAUUUCGCUUGCUUGCGGAAUUUGUCUGGAUUCAGGAUAAAAUAAAAUAAAAAAAAAGUCACGUAAAAUAUUUUGCUGUAGCAGUAAUACAUGAAAACAUUAUUUUCCUUGAAAAAUGUAAAACAUUGCACGGCCUAAGUGAUUGUAGAUUUUGUAGAAGAUAAAGCUUUGUGAAUCGUAGAAGUUUAAAAUAUUACCUUCGCAUAGAAUCUAUUUUAUUUAUUGCUAUAGUUCCGCGACGUUUUAUUACACUAGACAGUCACUUUGCUAUGAAUCUGACAGCGAAUAAAAACUGAAUGUUAUGGCUCCUGGUAACAACGAGCGACAUCCAGGUCAUACGGGAACUAUACCCAAGACAAAAGUGAGAAAUAAUUGUAAUGUUCCACAAGAAGCAGUUACACCAACAAGGAGAGACAUGACGACCAAUCUCGUAACGACUUCUCUGGAUUGGGUGCCGGUCUCUGAAUACAACAGUCGCACUAACUACAGUCAGUCAAGAAAACCAACAAACAAUACAUCAGAUCAAGAGCUGACAGAUUUGGACAAUUCAGUUUCAUUUGAGAGUGGAUUUGGGCGGUUUGUGCCCGUAAGACCCCAGCCACGCGCUCUGCCUCUCAACGUGCAGAACCGAGAGAAUAUAACAGCUGAACAGCAUGAUGAUGGAACUGGCUCAUCAAUUUCAGGCCACACUCUGCACCCCUAUGUGCAUCAAAUGCAGAAUGGCCUAAUUCCACACUCCAAUCAUGCAUCCGCAGCUGUGAUGAUAGUAAAUCCUACUACACCCAAUGCUGUAACAGGAAACAUUUCACAACCAUUUAAUGCUCCUAAUCAAAACAGAAACAAUUUAACAAGGAAUUUGAAUCCUUCUCGGAACAAUUUUGAAGGAAGCCACUCAAGCAACAAUAACACUACACCCCCAAUAUCCAAUUCUAGAACUGGCACAAAGACAGUUAAUUUAAUCAACAAUAUGUAUGAGCAGGGACAAGGGAAUUUCAAUAAUCUUAAUGAGACCAAUAACCAUGUUCACAGAGAGUCGGCGCGAGCCUUAGGGGAGGCCAUAGCCGCCGCAUGCCCUGAUGCAGCCGCCGUAGAGCGCCGGCUUGGACAAAUACGAGAGUACAUUCGAGUUACUUCGUCUCUCGUUGACACUAUGCGUAAUUCUGAAGAAGAGGCUUUUAUCGAACACACUAAAGAAGAAUAUGAUGAACUGGUAGAGAUGGUAAUGAAGUUAAAGGAAAGUGAAUCUAAACUAGAAAGUAUGUUAGUGGUGAGCACUCCUGAGAAUGUAGAAGUGCCUGGUGAGGAAUCAGAUGGUGUUGUCAUUGUGGAGCUACCAGCUACAGAUGUCAAUACUGACAGCAAAAGUGAACCUCCCAUAGAAACAAAUAUUAACCCAGAUAAAACGAGUAAUGUUAAAAAUCCAACUGAUAGCAAUGUCAUAAACAACAACUUAAAGAAAGUAACUAACAUUGAAAAUGAGCAGUUGAACAAAUCCAUGCAUAAUAUUAGAGUUGAAGAAGAAAGUCAUCCUCAUGAGGUGAACAAUAGGACUCCUGAAAGUAUUCAGAUUGCUAAUGAUAACACACAUCAGAUAUCAAGAUCUCCUGACAAUUUAGAAAGAACAGGGGAUACCAAUAAGGAGAUCACAAUUAAAGUUGAGCAGUGUGAAAAUGGAAAAGACCAAGAAUUAAAAGAUAUGUUGCGUAAAAACAUACUGUCUUGUGUGGAAAAAAUAACGCGGAUAGAAGAGAUGAAAUCUAAAAAGAAAGAUUCCAAUACACGCAGCGAUCAGGAUGUAGUAACAAGGCCUGUGUCUGCACAAAGCAACGGCUCCACAUACAGUGACAAUGAACUUUGGCAGAAUGAAAUUAAAAAUAAAAUGGAAAUGUCCCAAAUGCGAUUGGCAGCGUUGAAACAACAACAACGAAGGCUCUUGAAAUACCAGGAAGAAGCAAAGCAUCAGUUGGAAGAAAUGAACAGAGAUAGAGAAAGGGAGAGACAAGCUCAAGAAGUUCAGCCAUCUACUUCACAUGAAAAUUUUGGUGGUGCCCAAAACCAAUCACUAAGUACUAACUAUCACCACGCCAAUCGAAUGUACGCGGCGAACCAACAGAUCGGGGUAGCUACUACACUACCCCAGUCGACUGAAGCCUUACAUAUACAGCAGAAUAUGACAACUAGUGUAGACACUGACCACGGACAUUCUACGCAUUCAACCCACAGUCAGGAUGACAGGCUCUCUCAUCGGGAUAUUAACGUUACUGGUAGCGAGGAAGCGGCAGGAGCAGGCCGUGACAGCGAAGCGGACGAUGACGAAGUACUGCUCAAUGAGCGCAGUCGUAUUCUACAACUGAAACUAAGAGAACUGCAGAUGAAGAAACAACACAUGGAAAGUUUGGUUCAGGAAUUCCAAAAGUUGCAAAUGGCAACACAUCUCGGUUCCGGUCGGAAUACCUACUCUAGCUCUGGUGAAGACAGUGCUGAUGAGGAACUGCCCCAAAAAUGUAAUAAUGGAAGUAAUAAUAAGAAUGAAGAUCCUUUCAAACUAAUGGAAAUAAAGGCUAUCAAAACUGCUCUUCAAAAAACUAAAGAUUUGAUGAGAUCGGUGGAAAAUUAUGAGGUAGAACAUCUUUCGGGUCAUGAUGAUUCCUUCAGAGAGUUAUCAACUCAUUCUAACAUUCAUGACAAUAAAUCGGAAGGUGGUGGAAGCAUGGGAGGAUGGUCUAACGACGGCAGCAUGUGUCGUGUGCGGAACUCGUUGCCGCAACGUCACAAGUUCACCAACGAACAGCACUCGCAACAACACUCACAGCAACUUCAUGCGCAACAGCAGCAUGCGCAGCAACAACAUGCGCAGCAACAACAUGUGCAGCAACAGCACGCGCAGCAACAGCAUGCUCAACAACAGUUGCAUCAGGCUCAACAGCAACUUCAACAUCAUUCGCAACAAAGUCAUGAAGAAAACAUAGCUACUUUACAAGAGCUAGCUCAAGAACUUCGGAUGGAAACGGAGAAGAUAAUGGGAGAACGCGCACGGAUUAAGGAUAUGAUCUCUAACAAGGAGGUAAGUCGGAAGCAGAAGAAAGUGAACGAGGAAGUCCGCGCGGGCCCCAGCGGGCAGCCCGGCCCCGCCGAGCGCAGGCAGAUGAAGCUACGAGCGCUACUGGCUGACAAACAGCGGGAACUUGAAGCUCUGCUUAAUAAGGAGAAAGUACUAUGCUCAGCUCCUGAACCGCAAAACAUGAAAUCAGAGUCCCGCAGCGCUUCAGUCGUCAAUCAAUCUUAUAAUAGUGAACAAGAUCGCAUAAGUGAACCCGAAUCUAGAUCGGAACAAAUACUUUUGGACUCACAGGAUUCCAGGGAAACUGACAACUUCAGGGGUGGUGGAGACAGUGCCCUAGGCGGAAGAUCGGUCGCACCCUUGCCAGCUCAUAUCAGCAGUGCAUAUGGAAGCGACACGGACAGUGCGUCUAGAAACAAGUCCAAUCAAAGGAAUCGGGUGCGAAGGAGACAACCGCAGGAACGGCAGCCAGAUGAGAAUAGUGUCACCCAAUCGAAUAAUACGAAUCAAAAUAUUCGCCACGAACCCAGGGUGGAGUCUUCUAAUGUCAAUAUGGUUCCGCCCAUCUCACAAAACACUGGUGAAAACCCUGCGAACAUGCCAUAUCCGCAUUUACCGCCUCCCGGCUGGAACACCAAUAAUAAAUCCAAUCAGGAUAUGCGUAAUCAAUUCACUCAAAAUAGUCACUCUCAAACUAUGGAGCGGUUGAUGGGGACGCCUCAACUGUCUUUCCCUCCAUCUAUGCCGUUCAACAUGAUGAUGCCAUACAGUAUGGUGGGCGGGUGCAGCUGUGGCUGUGGGUUCUGGGGCGCGUGGUGCUGGCAGCAGCUCGUCAUGCAACAGCGAGAGAUACACCAACUCAGGGACCAGCUCAAUCAUAUGGAAGAGCGUUGGCGUGCAGAAACAGCGUCGCAUACACUAAAUAACCAAGUGCCGCCGGGAAACAGAGCCAACAACUAUUGGGAUAACUUUCGCAGUUAUUCACGCCAAAAUCUUCUGUCCGCGAAUAAUAAGGCAAACGCUGACGGCCACUUAGGAGUUGGCCCUGCCCAUAACCCACACCCGUUGGUAGAAAGAUCUCACAACACACUUCAUCGUACUCCCUCCGCUACCCCUCCCUGCAUCACACCCAAGAGAAACACCAACGCAGCUAGUUCAUCACACAAUGCCACACAAUCAUCUCAGGCCAAUAACGACGACAUACCCAACAGGCACAUGCGACGCAAUGUCGCCUACGAACGAUCUCUCUCAUUCUCAUCCGCACCAGAUGUUUUGAACGUGAAUCAGAACCCAGACACUGAUACGACAUCUGCUUGCCACUCAAGAAAUAUUGACGAAAAUAACGUCACCAAUGUUUGCAACAUCAAUAUCAAUCGCCAAGAAGUUCCAACAAAUUCGUUUAGAAAUUUGAAUAUCACGAAUCCUAUUCCUGAGAUUAUUCAGGCUCACGCAAACAAUUUAAACACGUCUGCUAAUAGUAAAAAGAAAUCGUCUUCAAAAUUACCAGCUAAGAACUCAACUAAUAGAAGAAACUACACUCUGGAUUAUUCACAAAUGAGCAAUAUCAAUAUUGCCAGUACAUCGGAAAUGCCUAAUCCCAAUUUAGCGUCUACCAGCCGUGAAGUUCAAGAUAAGGCAACGUCAAAGUUAUUUGAUCUUCUCAGGGAAAAUGUAUAUUCUGAAGUAACUGCUCUCAUCGACGUAAAUGAAUCACACCCAGAUUUUUUGAUCCAGCUGUUCAGAGAAUUACAGCUCAUUAGUUCUGAUACUUUACGACAAAAAGUAUUACAGUCGAUACGUAAUGUGUUGUCUCAGUAUAGUUCUAUUAUGGAAAGUCAAGGCACUGAAAGCGCCCACGAAGAAAAUAGACAAGAAUCUGUUUCGACAACUUCUGGGGAACCUAACGCUUAUAACGAGUGUAACUCAUUACCACUUCAAAAUGUAUGUGGAAAUCCUCUGCAACUUGAUAAUAAAAUAGUACGCUUUUUAUUGCUAAAAAGCGAAGAAACAUGCACGACAGAGUUUUUAGAGACUUUAGUAUCUCUAAUUUUGAGCAACGCGGCUGAUGGAAGGUAUACACAACAGGCCAAGAGGAGGCUUCUUGAAUUACUUUCGAAGUAUGAGGGUAUGCGAGUUUGUGAUGUUUCAGGCGACAUUAUUGAAAAUUUACCAGUAUUCAUACCAGCCUCUACUGAAAGUGAAUCGGCACAACAUCAGAAUGAGAUACCUGAAUCCUCAAUUUUGCAAGAUGUGGCUGGUUCUCUAAAUUUAUUUAGUUCGAGCGAUAGCCAAUUGCAUCAGCUAAAUGCAUGCCCAUAUGAUAUGUGGCCAGGACACGUCCACAUGGAUAUUGAGACUUCAGACAUGAACGACAGUAGUCCACGUUCUAGUCAAGAAGGUAAAGUGGAUCUCAUAAAUUGUUCCGAAAUGCAUAACGGAGAUUUGGCGGAAGCCGAUCAAACAUGUCACACUGAAGCCGAUGAAAGCGGUACCAACGGACAUGACGAAGCAGGGGCCAAUGCGGAAGCCCUUCCUGACGUAGUAGACACCGAAGAAGUCACUCCGACUGAGGCGGAAGCUGAGUGGCUUGGACUUGAUCGUGUGCCAACAAGGCUGCACAUGGAAGAAUCAUCUGAAAAACAAAAAGGUGAAGUUAAUACAAUGUAAAGGUGGCAUAAAACCCAAACUCAGCCAUAUUUGGCUUCUAUAUAGUUUGAGUAUAUACUGAAAGAAAAACAAAUUUAUUAAAGCUUCUGUAACUGCAUCUGGAACAGAAAAACAAAGUAAAUUGAAAUAAUUGAGUGUUUUCUUUUUUCCAGAUUGAACUGAAGUAUGAUGUUCCCCUGAUGACUUUAGUAUUAUUGUGUUAUUAUUGUAUCCCAUUUUUAUUAUUGAAUUACUCAUAUGCUUUACAUAAAUACUUUGUGUAAUAUAUAUAAUAAUAUAUUAAUAAAUAUUCUUAAACAAA